AUGGCGACGGCUUCACCAACGCUCAUGGCCACCACCGCCGCCGGCGGCCCCGUCCGGAGGACCUCGCAGCGUCAGGCACUGAGGCGUCCUCCGUCGCGACCGAUGCUCAGCAGGAGCGAGAGCCAGCCCGCGCCCGCCGCGCCCGAGGGCCCAUCACACUCGCAGCCUCAACACCACGGCCAGCAAUCACAACAACAGCACAACCAGCAGCAGCAACAAUACCACCACCACGAUGACAGCUCCGAAGACGAGAUCCCUGUGCCUAUGAAGCUCAGCGCCCUCACAAAGGCGCUGCUCAACGACGGUGUCCCCGAGGCGGCCGCGGUCGCCGCUGCGACGAGACCGCCAUCGCCGCCGAGGACUCGACGACGCGCCAGUCAUUUGAACUCGUCCGCCGCCUCGGCUGCGCCCACCGACCGCAGGCACCUGAGGUCUGGCAGCGUGCAGGCCGCUGAACCUGCGCGGUCGUCGAAACCCACGAGCCGCGAGGCGAGCCCCGUUAGGAAGCGAGUGGUGCGGCUCAGCAACACGCCCCAGAGCCUCAACCAGAUUCAGCCCUCGAAGCGCCGCUCGACGUCCAUGUCUAGAUCCACCGGCGCCGCGGCAGCGCGCACGGCUGCCGCCCCGGCGCGUCCGCCGAGCAGGACGGGCGGUGCGAGAGAGCGGUCGGCGGCGCCCGAGGAGAGGCCCGAGUCCCGGCAGGAGGAGCAGCGGCCCGACGUCAACACGCCUGCGCGCGGCGAACGUGUCGUGCGCAUCGUGACAGGCUCGUCGGGCAACCGCAGCCGCGUCGGCUCUUCGGGCCCGUCGUCGGGAUCAGGACGCUCCAACUACGACCGGUCGGCCGUGGACAAGUCAGUCGUCGACAGGUCAGCCGUCGACAGGUCAGCGCUUGAGGGGGCUGAGCUCGAGCAACCCGAGGCGCCCGAGACGGUCGCGCGCAACUCGGCAAAUAGCUCGAUGCGUGUCAAGCGCGUCGGCAAGAUCCCCGGCAGCUUCCUCAGCGGCCCCGCGCGGCGUGGCCGCAGACGGCAAAGCGAGGAGGACGCCGACGAGAACGGCGAGCUCAUCGCCAGCCAAGAGCCCGAGCACCAGGCCGAGGCGUCCUACUACGCCGACGGCAUCCGCGACUUCAACUCGGGCAGUCCCGAGCCCGCAUCGGCUCGUCCUUCGCCGCGCGGCCUUCCCCUGCCGCCCAAGCGCGCGGAUGAGAUCCCAGAGCAUAUGCUGCCCAUGCGCAUCGAGAUGCCGUCGGCGCACGAUCAGGAGAAUGAAGUCCCCGCGAGCUACAAGCGGUCCAAGAUUUCCGUCGACCACCCGUUGGAGAAGAACCCUCGACCGCUGAGCGUCGACAUCAACCUCAACGUGCUCAAGGCCGCCUCGCCGCCGAGGAAGCCGCUCGCCGCCAUCACCAACAACACGCCCCAUCGAGCGGCUCCGCCGCCACCGCCCAAGAUGUCCGUCCUGGAGGCCGCGACGUCGACUGCCGGCGCCGCGGCCACUACCACGCAGGCUAAGCAGCGGAGGAACGUGCUGAGGGUCAACGGCAAAUGCUACACGAGGCUCGACUGCCUCGGCCGCGGCGGCAGCGCCAAGGUGUAUCGCGUAACGGCCGAGAACGGCAACAUGUUUGCCCUCAAGCGCGUGUCCCUGGAGAACGCCGAUGAGACGACCAUCAAGGGAUACAAGGGCGAGAUCGACCUGCUGGGCAAGCUGUCGAGCGUGGACCGUGUCAUCAAGCUCUUUGACCACGAAAUGAAUUCGGAAAAGCAGGUGCUUACCUUGCUUAUGGAGAUGGGUGAGCUGGACCUCAACAAGCUCCUCACGUCGCGGCAGAACCCCGAAGCCGCCAAGUUCGACCCCGUCUUUGUGCGCUGCUACUGGAAGGAGAUGCUCGAGUGCCUUCAGUCGGUGCACCAGUACGACAUUGUGCACUCAGAUCUGAAGCCCGCCAACUUUGUGCUGGUCCGCGGCCGGCUGAAGCUCAUCGACUUUGGUAUCGCCAACGCCAUCCAGACGGACGAGACGGUCAACGUCCACCGAGAGACGCAGAUUGGCACGCCCAACUACAUGUCGCCCGAGUCGCUCAUGGACUCCAACAACCCGCGUGGCGGACGGUUGCCCGGCCGGCCCAAGCUUAUGAAGCUGGGCAAGCCGAGCGAUAUCUGGUCGCUCGGCUGCAUCCUGUACCAGAUGGUGUACGGGCUGCCGCCCUUUGGCCACAUCGCCAACCAGAUGGCGCGGUGCCAGGCCAUCAUCAACUGGGACCACCACAUCGACUUUCCCUCGCGCGCCAUGGGCGGCGUGCCCGUGCCGCCGUCGCUGCUGCGCACCAUGAGGCGCUGCCUCAACCGCGACAUCCACAUGCGUCCGACGUGCGAGGAGCUGCUGCACGAGACGGACCCUUUCCUGUACCCGGCCGAGCUCACCGACAAGGCGCUACCCAUUGACGAGGAGCUGCUUGGUAGGAUCAUCCAGAGCGUCGUCACGAGGUGUCGCGAGCGCAUGCCCACCGAGGCGGAGAGCAUGAGCGUCUGGCCGCAGGCGUACUGGGCGAGCAUCAGAAAGGCCAUGGCGAGCAGGCACUGA